ACUAAUUUCAGUCAGUGGUCCCUGGAAGAAGACAGAAGUUAAGGCUUCUUAAAUUCUACUCUGGAGGGCCACGUCCGUGUCUCCUAUGUGCUGUAAACCAUGGCCACAGAUGAUAAAGUAGCCAUUUUAACUGAUGACGAAGAGGAGCAAAAGAGGAAAUAUGUGCUUGCAGAUCCUUUCAAUGGUAUUUCCAAAGAGCAAGACCUCCAAGCCCGAAGUGAUACACCUUCAACAGAGACUACAACUACCAUUCCAGACGAGGAACUAGACUGGCUCGAAAGGCACUGUGUCAAAGUGAACAAUGAUCUCCUGGUCUCUAAGGUCUUUUAUUUCUUCUUCUAUGCUGCCUACGGUUCCCUUUAUCCGUUGCUGCCUGUGUAUUACAAACAGCUGGGCAUGACGCCAAGCCAGAGCGGACUCCUGGUGGGCAUUAGGUACUUCAUUGAAUUCUGCAGUGCUCCUUUCUGGGGAGUGGUGGCAGAUCGCUUUAAAAAAGGGAAAGUUGUCCUCCUGUUUUCACUUCUCUGUUGGGUGUUGUUUAAUUUGGGAAUCGGCUUUGUGAAACCAGCUACCUUAAGGUGUGUACCCAAGUUCCCAGUGCCAGUAUAUCCUACCAAUGCCAGCCACCUCUUAACGACCACCCCACAAAACGUCUCGGUCUCUUCGGCACUGCCUGCUGUUGGAGCUACAUCGCCACCAAACAGCCGAGGCAAAAGGGACCUGCCGGCUUCCAGCUUGCCAGUUCUGAGCUCAGCGUUGCCUCUGAACCUUGCAACCGUCCUCCCUCUGACUACCACAAAUGGAGAUGGGAUGUAUUCUUCAAAGAAGGAAGAAGGUAUAAUCAGCGAGAGCACCCCAAAAGUCACUCUGACCAUGAGAUCACCGGAGCAUACAAGCCAGGCCACCAUCUUGCCUGCAGUUACCACCAAGGCCGCGUUUUCUGAUCAGGUCACUCUGGUUUAUGACCCCCAGGAGGUGGGAGCCAUCUUCCUGCUCAUCCUUCUGGUGGUUAUUAUAGGAGAGUUCUUCAGUGCAUCAUCAGUCACUAUUGUGGACACUGUGACUCUCCAGUAUCUUGGCAAGCACAGGGAUCGUUAUGGGCUACAACGGAUGUGGGGCUCUCUGGGUUGGGGUAUCGCCAUGCUGUCAGUGGGAAUUGGCAUUGAUUCUACCCACAUAGAUGUGCCUUUUGAAGGUCAAGGCUGUAAACCUCCGGAGUAUAAGAACUACAGGAUUGUUUUCAUUGUCUUUGGGGUGUUGAUGACUGUUUCUUUGAUUGUGGCAACCCAGUUCCGGUUCCAUUAUAACCACUACAAGCAAGAGGAAAACGAAAGCAAAGAAGCUGAAGUCUCGCCGGUGGAUAGAAAUUCUUCUACAGACUCUUCCAAUGAGAGCCGUAGCAGUGACACCAGCCAGUUGCAAUCCUUUAAUUUUUGGGAUUUGAUAAAGCUGCUCUGCAGUAUCCAGUAUGGUUCUGUACUGUUUGUAGCUUGGUUUAUGGGCUUUGGGUAUGGCUUUGUGUUCACCUUUCUCUACUGGCACCUGGAGGACCUGAAUGGCACCACUACCCUUUUCGGCGUCUGUUCUGUCCUAAGUCAUGUAUCCGAAUUGACAGCCUAUUUCUUCAGCCACAAGUUGAUUGAACUGAUAGGUCACAUCAGAGUCCUGUAUAUUGGCCUUGCCUGCAACACAGCUCGUUAUAUUUACAUCUCCUAUCUGGAAAAUGCUUGGACCGUUUUGCCCAUGGAAGUACUUCAAGGUGUGACACAUGCAGCAAUCUGGGCCGCUUGCAUUUCCUACCUGAGUGCUGCUGUGCCUCCGGAAUUAAGAACAUCAGCCCAGGGCAUCCUUCAGGGUCUCCAUCUUGGCCUGGGGAGAGGAUGCGGAGCAAUGAUUGGCGGAGUGCUGGUCAAUUUUUUUGGAGCUGCUUCAACUUUCAGAGGGAUUGGAAUGGCCUGUCUGGUGAUCCUCUUGCUUUUUGCUUUGAUCCAGUGGUUAGCAGUUCCUGAUGAGAAGGAAGAAAAGACGAUGCUGGCAGAAAGGAUCCCCGUGCCUUCCAGUCCUGUGCCCAUAGCUACGAUCGACCUUGUCCAGCAACAGACCGAAGACAUCAUGCCACGGCCUGAGCCCAGGUUUCCUCCCAAGAAGACCAAGCACCAAGAAGAGCAGGAAGACGUGAACAAACCCGCCUGGGGGGUCAGCUCUUCUCCCUGGGUGACUCUAGCCUAUGCGCUCUGUCAGAUCAAGGAAAUGGUUCGACUUUCCAAAAGCAACCAAGCCCUGGAGAACCAGCCUUUGCAGGAAGCCAACAAUAGCCACGGCUCUGCACCAAGCAGCCCUCUGGAUCAAGGAGACAGUGGUGCUUCUGGAGAACCUUCCUUACCUACAGUACCUCUAGAAACCCACCCCAGCCCAGACGGCCCAGUUCCCUCUGAGUCUACUAGUCCUCAGCCUCCUGAGGCAGGGCAUGAAUAGGACUUGGUUGUAUCCACCUCACUGGUGUUGUGGUCGGAGAAAUAUUGAAAUGGGAACUUGGCCCAGCUACUCCCUUCAUCUUGGCAAUGGUAACACGAUACAACACGUGCUUUUAAAAUAUUUAAGGCAUUUUUCUGUGGCAAAUCCCAGUGGGCCUACUGUAGUGAAGACUAUAAAAUGACUAGAAAAACCCUGGCAGAAAAGGUUGGGUUAUAUAAUAAGUGGCAAAGGAGUCUAUGUUCUACUUGAACGGUAUUUCCCC